AUGAGCCAACCAGGAGUGCCUAAAAUAAUGGUUUUCAGACCGACUUAUGAGGAGUUUAAAGAUUUUAAAGAAUAUAUACAGUAUAUGGAAUCACAAGGGGCUCACAAAGCUGGAUUGGCAAAAGUUGUCCCUCCACCUGAAUGGGUUCCAAGGAAAUCAAAAUAUGAUAUAAAAGAUAUUGGCCACUUGAUAAUACCUGCACCAAUUUGUCAGGUAGUCACAGGAAAACAAGGCCUAUAUCAGCAAAUAAACAUUCAAAGGAAACAAAUGACAAUAAAAGAAUACAAAGAAUUGGCAGAAAAUCCAACUUAUAGAACUCCAGCACAUUUUGAUUAUGGAGAUUUAGAAAGAAAAUAUUGGAAAAAUAUAACGUACGUCCCUCCAAUCUAUGGAGCUGAUGUAUCUGGUUCCCUCACAGAUCCAGAAGUCGAUGUCUGGAAUAUUAAUAGGUUGGGAACCAUACUUGAUUUAGUAAAUCAAGAUUAUGGUAUAAGCAUAGAAGGAGUUAACACUGCUUACUUAUAUUUUGGAAUGUGGAAAACGACAUUUGCGUGGCACACGGAGGAUAUGGAUUUGUACAGUAUUAAUUACUUACAUUUCGGUGCUCCGAAAACAUGGUAUUCCAUUCCUCCAGAACAUGGUAGGCGAUUGGAAAGACUGGCUACGGGUUUUUUUCCUUCCAAUGCGAGGAGUUGUCUUGCAUUUUUGAGACAUAAAACAACCCUUAUAUCACCACCAAUUUUAAAACAAUAUUCUAUACCUUACAAUAAGAUUACUCAAGAGGAAGGAGAAAUAAUGAUAACGUUUCCAUACGGUUACCAUGCGGGUUUUAAUCACGGUUUUAAUUGUGCCGAAAGUACCAAUUUUGCAGCUCCAAGAUGGGUUGAAUAUGGUAAAAGAGCAUCGCAGUGUAAUUGCCGGGGAGACAUGGUUAAAAUCAGCAUGGACACGUUCGUGAAACGUUUUCAACCGGACAGAUACGAAUUGUGGUUGGCUGGAAAGGACGUGGGUUAUCACCCGGAAGAUCCUACGAGAGCUUAUGCGGCACCCUCGCCGAGCGAAGUAGACAUAUUGUGUAACAAAAAUAAUACUUAUCUUCCGCAAGCUUUUCUAAACGCUCCGAAAAAAGGUGCCAAAAGGCAUUUGAUUUAUAAGAAAAAAUCAAAUUUCGAUAAAAAUGUUGACGAAGAAAAGAAGGACGAAUUUCCGGAAGAUGUUAAAAAAGCAAUUGAAGAUAUUGAAAUGGAUGAUGAAAUACCUGACGAACAACAGUGGCAAGUUUUGGAGGAUAUUUGGUUGAAAGCCGGAGAAAUGGGUUAG